GCUGAACUUAUACUCUGUAUUAUUUUUACUUCAUAUUCGUAUUAGAAACAUGGCUACAAUUUUUCUUAGAUAGGAAUCACAAAAAAUGAACAAAUGUCUAGUGUGAAUAGUGUAGAAAACAAGACUUAUUACACUUUAAAAACCAAACCGAGUAAAGAGAACAAGACCUUAAACACUUGCAGUCCCGAUUAGGCGCCUUUCCCCUGGUGCACGUACACCAAACAAGACCUUGUGUUUUGUUUGUGAUGCCCAUUUUUUAUUUGUACCUUUAGAGUAAAAAACUGUCAUCUGAGUGCUGGGGGGAGGGAAUAUGCUUUGAAUUUUCACAUGUUCUGAUGGAAACCAACGGGAAACAAAUUGGUAUAGACUAGCAAUAUUUUAGUAUCCUACUACAUUGAUUACCACACUCACUCACUACUAAAUACUUUCUCCAUCUUGUUUUCUCAUUACCUGUGAAAACCCAAACACCCUUUCAUUUCUGCUCAUUCUUGUUUUCUCAUCAUUCAUUCACUUGUUCAUCUUUCUGAAAACACAACCCAAUGGCCGAAAUCGGAAUCUCGAUUGCUGCAAAACUCAUUGAAGUGAUUGGCAGUAAGAUCAUCAAAGAGAUUUGCGACACAUGGGGUUACAAAACUCAUCUUGAAGACCUCAACAAGUCAAUCUUGAAGAUCAACAAUGUGCUCCUUGCUGCAGAUGCAAAGCGGGAUCUGACAAAGGAAGAACAAAGUGUCAUUGCGGAACUUAAGGAGGUUGUUUAUGAUGCUGAUGAUUUGUUCGAUGAGUUCCUUACUCUUGCUGAGCUGAACAAGAUUCAUCGCAACAACAAGGGUGCUAGAUUUUCUGAAAAGGUACUGACAUUCUUUUCUUCUAGCAAAAACAAGAUAAGUGAAGCAUAUAGAGUGUCUCGUAAGGUUAAGGACAUUAAGAAGGAGUUGAAUGAAAUAGUUGAAAGGCAUACAAAAUUUGCGUCUAUUAUUGUUGAUUAUAAACCUAUUAUUAGGAGAAGGGAGGAAACAUGUUCUUAUGUAGAUGCCAAUGAUAUUAUUGGGAGGGAUAAGGAUAAGGAUGCUGUCAUUGAUAUGUUGUUAAAUCAUGAGGGUAAAGGAGAUUGUAGUUUCCUGACUAUAGUGGGAGUGGGAGGGUUGGGAAAAACUGCUCUUGCUCAACUUGUGUAUAAUGAUGAAAAGAUAAAGAUUGAGUUUCCAGAUCUGAGGUUAUGGGUUUGUGUUUCUGAUCAAGACGGGGAUCAAUUUGAUGUAAAAGCAAUCCUUGGUAAGAUUCUUGAGUGGAAACCUAAUGAUAGUUCCUCACUUCAAAUGGUGCAAAACCAAUUUCAAAAGAGAUUAGGAGGAAAGAAGUACUUCCUUGUUCUUGAUGAUGUAUGGAAUGAGGACCGUGAUAACUGGAUUUCUUUGGAGAAGUUCUUAAUGUUGGGUCAAAGUGGAAGUAGGAUUUUAGUAACCACUCGUUCUGAUAGGACAGCAACUAUCAUAGGGGAUAAACAUGACUAUAAAUUACAAGGUUUAUCCCAGGAGGAUUCGUGGCGCUUGUUUGAGAUUUCUGCAUUUCACAAAGGAUGUGAACAGGAAAACCCCAAUGAAUUCGUUGAGAUCGGGAAGAAGAUUGUUGCAAAAUGUUAUAGCAUUCCUCUCGCUGUAAAGGUGGUAGGAAGUCUUCUAUUUGGUCAGGAGAUAGUUAAGUGGCGGUCAUUUGAAGCGAGUGGAUUGUCUCAAAUUGGCAAUGGUGAUAAUCAGAUUAUGUCAAUAUUAAAGCUCAGUUACCAUAAUCUUAUACCCUCAUUGAAGAGUUGCUUUAGUUAUUGUGCAGUGUUUCCCAAGGAUUAUAGAAUACAGAAGGAGAAGUUGAUUGACCUUUGGAUGGCACAAGGAUACGUUGUGCCGUUGGAUGGAGGUCAAAGUAUAGAAGAUGCUGCCGAGGAACAUUUUGUAAUUUUGUUACGGAGAUGUUUCUUUCAAGAUGUAGAGAAUGAUGAAUCGGGUGAUAUAUAUUCUGUUAAAAUUCACGACUUGAUGCACGAUGUCGCUCAAGAAGUGGGGAGGGAGGAAAUCUGUGUAGUGACUUCAAGUACAAAGAAUUUGGGUGAUAAAAUCCGUCAUGUGGGUUGUAUUGUCGAUAUAUGUCCCCAAAUAAUCUCUUUGUAUAGCAAUAAGAUUCGUUCGUAUAUUAGUGUUCAUUGUAAAGAACCUGGGGUGGAUACACGAAUAGACUACUUGAUGUGCCUUAGGGUGUUAGAUUUGUCAUAUUCGUAUGUUAGAAAUUUGCCUGAAUCAAUAGGUAAGUUGCUGCACUUAAGGUAUCUUAAUCUGUCUGGUAAUUUUGAAAUGGAGAUACUCCCUGAUGAAAUUACAAGACUGCAUAAUUUGCAGACACUACUUUUAGAAGAUUGCUGUAAUUUAAUGGAGUUGCCAAAAGAUUUUUGCAAAUUGGUCAAAAUGAGGCACUUGAAAUUAUGGGGUUGCGCUGCUUUGAUUAGUAUGCCAUUGGGAAUGGAUAGGCUAACUAGUCUUAGCGAACUAACAUACUUUGUGGUGGGUAGGAAGGAACAAAGUGAUGAUGAUGAGCUGAAAGCCCUAAAAGGCCUGACCAAGAUAAAAGGCCGCAUUGAAAUCCAAAUCAGUAAAAAUUAUAGAAUAGUGGUAGGCUUGAAUGACACAGGAAGAGGUGGGUAUUUGAAGAGCAUGAAACAUCUCAGAGAGGUUGAUAUUGAUUUUCUUAGUCAUAAGGGUGGAUGUGUUAAUCCUGAAGUUGUAUUGGAAACCCUGGAGCCACCUUCAAAUAUCAAGAGGUUAUUAAUAGGAUAUUACCAUGGUACAACAAUUAAUUGGGCAAUUUUCCCCUCACAUCUUGUCGACAUCCGACUUGAAUGUUGUGGAAAUCUGCAGGAGAUGCCAAUGCUGAGUAAACUGCCUCAUCUAAAAUCACUACAUCUCGAAGAAUUGAAUAAAUUGGAGUACAUAGAGAGUACAAGCAGCAACAGUAGUAGUGACACAGAAGCAGAAACACCAGAAUUACCAACAUUCUUCCCUUCCCUUGAAAAGCUUAUACUUUGGGGUCUGAAAAAGUUUAAGGGUUUGGGGAACAGGAGAUCGAGUAGUUUUCCCCGCCUCUCUGAAUUGGAAAUCAAGAAAUGCCCGGAUCUAACGUCAUUUCCUCCUUGUCCAAGCCUUGAAAAGUUGGACUUGUUCCAAAGCAAUGAAACGUUGAAAAUAAUAGUAAAAACAACAAGAGGUAAAGAAAAAGAAGAAGACAACGAUGCUGGUGCUGGAAAUUCACAAGAUGAUGACAAUGUCAAAUUACGGAAGGUGAAAAUAGACAAUCUGGGUUAUCUCAAAUUACUGACCCUAUAUUGUCUGACUCAUCUCGAAAUAAUUGUGGAGGAGGAGAUUGAAUCAGAUUCCGAGGAGGAGGAGGAGAUUGAAUUGGAAGUUGUGGAGGCAUUUCAGAAGUCUGCAUCUUCUCUGCAAAACCUCAACAUAAGAGGAAUGAAUAAACUGAAGAGACUAACUGGAAGAACAGGAUUAGAGCAUUUCAGUGCCUUGGACGAACUCACAUUGUAUAAAGUAGACGAUUGUGAUGUAUCAUUUCCUCAAAACCUCAGCAGUUUGAGAAUUGAAAACUCUCCCAAAAUGACAAGUUUGCCCAUGGAGAUUCAGUACUUAACCUCCCUCCAAACCCUCAAACUCAUACGUUGUGAUAAAUUGAAUUCCCUUCCAGAAUGGAUAAGCACCUUAUCAUCUCUUCAAUACCUUGACAUAUGCCUCUGUUCAGCCCUAAAAUCACUACCAGAAGCAAUGAAGAACCUCACCUCCCUUCAGAUACUUCAUACAUAUGGAUGUCCAGACCUAGUUAAAAGAUGCAAAAAACCCGAUGGGGAGGACUAUCCCAAAAUUCAACACAUCCCCAAAAUUGUAAGUCAUUGCAGAAAGUAUUUCUUUUAUUUAUAUUAUUUUAUAAUAUUUACACCAUCGUUCAUUGGUUUAAAUCCCAAACACCCUUCAUUUCUGCUGAUCUUUUUUUCUCAUCCUCCCCUGUUCAUCUUUCUGAAAACCCAAACACUUUUCUGCUUUAUCUUGUUUUCUCAUUCCCUGUUCAUCUCUCUGAAAACUCAAACACCUUUCAUUUCUGCUUUAUCUUGUUUUCUCAUCUUAAUUCAUCUCUUCAUCUUUCUUAAAACCCCCAACCCAAUGGCUGAAAUCGGAUACUCGGUUUGUUCAAAACUUAUUGAAGUGAUGGGCAGUAAGAUCAUUAAAGAGAUUUGUGACAUGUGGGGUUACAAAUCUCAUCUUGAAGACCUCAACAAAUCUGUCUUGACGAUCAAGGAUGUGCUCUUGGAUGCUGAGGCGAAGCGGGAUCUUUCCCGUGAACAACAGAGUUACAUUGCAGAACUUAAGGAUGUUGUUUACGAUGCUGAUGAUUUGUUUGAUGAGUUCCUCACUCUUGCUGAGCUCAAACAGAUUGAUGGCAACAACAAGGGUGGUGGUAAAUUCUCUAAAAAGGUACGUCGUUUCUUUUCUUCUAAUAAGGAGAAGAUGGAUCAAGCUUACAAGAUGUCUCAUAAGGUUAAGGAAAUUAAGAAGCAGUUGGGUGAAAUUGUUGAUAGGCAUACCAAAUUUGGGUUUAUUGUUGAUUAUAAACCUAUUAUUAGGAGAAGGGAGGAAACAUGUUCUUACGUAGAUGCCAAGGAGAUUAUCGGGAGGGAUAAGGAUAAGGAUGCUAUCAUUGAUAUGUUGCUAGAUCGUAAUGCUAAGGAUGGUUGUUGUUUCGUGACCAUAGUGGGAGUGGGAGGGUUAGGAAAAACUGCUCUUGCCCAACUUGUGUAUAAUGAAGAUAAGGUCAAAAGUGAGUUUUCAGACUUGAGGUUAUGGGUUUGUGUUUCCGAUCAAGACGGAGAACAAUUUGAUGUGAAAGCAAUUCUUUGUAAGAUUCUGGAGUUAGUUACUGGCGAUGUUCCUAAUGGUAACUCUACUAUGGAAUCGCUGCAAAACAAAUUUCAGGAGAGAUUAAGGGGAAAGAAGUACUUCCUUGUUCUUGAUGAUGUAUGGAAUGAGGACCGUGAGAAGUGGCUUUAUUUGGAAAAGUUCUUAAUGUUGGGUCAAGGGGGAAGCAAGAUUGUGGUAACCACACGCUCGGAGAAGACUGCAAUUAUCAUAGGGGAAAGGCAAGCCUAUAAGUUGCAAGGUUUGUCACACGAGAGUUCAUGGCGCUUAUUUGAGAUGUCGGCUUUUCACAAAGGGCAUGAGCAGGAAAACUAUCACGAACUAGUUGCUAUUGGAAAGAAGAUCGUUGCAAUUUGUUACAACAUUCCUCUUGCUAUAAAGGUGGUAGGAAGUCUUUUAUUUGGUCAGGAUAUAGUUAAGUGGCGAUCAUUUGAAGCGAGUGGAUUAGCCCAUAUUGGCAAUGGUGAUAAUCAGAUCAUGUCAAUAUUAAAGCUCAGUUAUCACAAUCUUGCACACUCCUUGAAGUGUUGCUUUAGUUAUUGUGCAAUGUUUCCUAAGGAUCAUGAAAUAGAGAAGGAGAUGUUGAUUGACCUUUGGAUGGCACAAGGAUAUGUUAUGCCGUUGGAUGGAGGUCAAAGUAUAGAAGAUGCUGCCGAGGAACAUUUUGUAAUUUUGUUACGGAGAUGUUUCUUUCAAGAUGUAGAGAAUGAUGAAUACGGUGAUGUUUAUUCUGUUAAAAUCCACGACUUGAUGCACGAUGUUGCCCAAGAAGUGGGGAGGGAGGAAAUAUGUGUAGUGAAUGAUCAUAAUACAAAUAACUUGUGUGAUAAAAUCCGUCAUGUGCGUUGUAAUGUCGAUAUAGGUCCACAAUGUAGCUAUAAGAUUCGUUCAUAUAUUAGUGGUGGUUGUAAAAAACAUUGGGUGGAUACACGACUAGACAAUUGGAUGUUUCUUAGGGUGUUGUACUUGUCAAAUUCGGAUGUUAAAAAUUUGCCUAAUUCAAUAGGUAAGUUGUUGCACUUAAGGUAUCUUAACCUGUCUUAUAAUGAUCUGUUGAUGCUCCCUGAUGCCAUUACAAAACUGCAUAAUUUGCAGACACUUCUUUUAAAACAUUGCUGGGAUUUAAAGGAGUUGCCAAAAGAUUUUUGCAAAUUGGUCAAACUGAGACACUUGGAUUUAAGGGGAUGUUUUUCUUUGAUUGGUAUGCCAUUGGGAAUGGAUAGGCUAAUUAGUCUUAGAGUACUACCAUACUUUGUGGUGGGUAAGAAGGAACAAAGUGAUGAUGAGCCGAAAGCCCUAAAAGGCCUCACCGAAAUAAAAGGCUCCAUUGAUAUCAGAAUCUAUUCAAAGUAUAGAAUAGUUGAAGGCAUGAAUGACACAGGAGGAGCUGGGUAUUUGAAGAGCAUGAAACAUCUCACGAGGGUUAUUAUUAGAUUUGAUGAUAAAGAAGGUGGAUGUGUUAACCCUGAAGCUGUGUUGGCAACCCUAGAGCCACCUUCAAAUAUCAAGAGGUUAGAGGUGUGGCAUUACCGGGGUAAAACAAUUCCAGUAUGGGGAAGAGCAGAGAUUAAUUGGGCAAUCUCCCUCCCACAUCUUGUCGAAAUCCAGCUUAGGUGUUGUAGGAAUUUGCAGGAGAUGCCAGUGCUGAGUAAACUGCCUCAUUUGAAAUCACUAGAACUUUAUUUGUUGUAUAACUUAGAGUACAUGGAGAGUAGAAGCAGCAGCAAUAGCAAUGACACAGAAGCAGCAACACUAGAAUUACCAACAUUCUUCCCUUCCCUUGAAAAACUUAAACUUAGGCGUCUGGAAAAGUUGAAGGGUUUGGGGAACAGGAGAUCAAGUAGUUUUCCCCGCCUCUCUGAAUUGGUUAUCGACAAUUGCCCAAACUUAAAGUCAUUUUCUUCCUGUCCAAGCCUCACGAAAUUGAAUAUCAUUAAAUGCCCGAGUCUAACGUCAUUUCCUCCCUGUCCAAGCCUUGAAGAGUUGGGAUUGAAAUACAACAAUGAAGCAUUGCAAAUAAUAGUAAAAUCAACAACAAGAAGUAACACUGCUGGUGCUGGAACUUCACAAGAUGAUGACAAUGUCAAAUUACGGAAGGUGGAAAUAGACAAUCUUGGUUAUCUCAAAUCACUGGCCCUAAAUUGUCUUACUCACCUCAGAAUAACUGUAAUAGAUUCCAUAAAGGAGGAGCUUAAAUCAGAUUCCGAGGAGGAGGAGAUUGAAUCAGAAGUCGGUGAUGAGGAGAUUGAAUUGGAAGUUGUGGAGGCAUUUCAGAAGUCCGCAUCUUCUCUGCAAUGGCUCUACAUAGAAGGAAUAAAUAAACUGAAGAGAGUAACUGGAAGAACAGGAUUAAAGCAUUUCAGUGCCUUGUACGAACUCACAUUGAGAUAUGCAGACAAUUUUGAAUUAUCCUUUCCUCAAAACCUCCGCAGUUUGGAUAUUACAGGCUCUCACAAAAUGACAAGUUUUCCCAUGGGGAUGCAGUACUUAACCUCCCUCCAAACCCUCAAUCUACACCGUUGUUAUAAAUUGAAAUCCCUUCCAGAAUGGAUAAGCAACUUAUCAUCUCUUCAAUCCCUGUCCAUAUCCUACUGUGAAGCCCUGAAAUCACUACCAGAAGCAAUGCAGAACCUCACCUCCCUUCAGAGACUUGUGAUAAGAGAAUGUCUAGACCUAAUUAAAAGAUGCGAAGAACCCAACGGGAAGGACUAUCACAAAAUUCAACACAUCCCCAGCAAAGAUAUUGAACUACGUCGGAGAUAUUAAUCUUUAUUUACUCUCCUCAACACUAGCUUGAUCCUGAACACACCCAACCUUCAGUUGUAUCCACAAGAAGUUGGAGGUUUGUUCAGGGAUUGGAAAUGAAGGUAGUUUCAGAAUUCCUGGAAUAUUUGUGAAUGCUCCAGACUUCGGAGUCUUUAUGGAAGAUUUGAGUCACUAAAAAUACAUUAUUCCUAUCAUCAGAGCUUUCAUGUUCCUCUAUACAAGUUGUGCAGCAUAUUGCUUAACCUGCUGGAAACAAAAAUCUUGUGCUUCCUCUUCCUGCCUUUACAGUCAUUAAUAUCAGUUCUCAUGCUAGAAAUAAGCGUGCUAGCAAUGUAAUCGAUGAGAUGGAUGUUGCUGCUUCUGAGUUUUGAUCAUAGAAAACUGUUAUGUGUUUCUUGAAUGUAACGAAGAUGAGAAGAAAACUGAAAACUCAGUGGCAAAAACGCGAAAUUGCAGUGCCUCAGGGUGGGAGGGAUCACUUUGCAACUUCAGUUACGCGACCCUUUUUCAAACCGGUUUGUUCCGGUUUUCAGCUUCGGUUUUUCACUAGAAUCCAUACCCGGACACUUACCGGGGACCAACAAAGCAACACUGUGCAUGUUGGCUGUUUCACGUGCCUGAGGAUGUCUUCCGCGCUUGUUGAUAUGCAUCAAACAAUACCUCCUUAUUACAGUCCCAUACAUGUUUGAUGACUUCUUAUUUCUUAACACGGUCUUAUGACCCUGGAAACGGCAUAUAUUGAAGUCUGAAACCUUCUAUAUAUAUGGAAAAACAUUAGAAGAUUCUUACAGAUAAGUUUACUGGAAACAGCAGUUCACUGCUUUGAGUUCCUGCCUUGAAUGUCAUAAUUGGUGGUGUACUAGUGUUCCCAACUUCCCAUGUUGGUAAUGAGCUAUCAAUUCAGGGUGAUUAAUUUUAAGGAGUUAAGGACCAUAUACUGCAUAAAUUUUUGUCAUUUUCCGUUGCAGUUCCAUGAUUCAUUCCGUUAGACCAACUUUUUUCGAAGAGUGCAUGAAGAUGAGAUUCAAAGUAAUCAUCACUUUGAGUUGUAUCCACAAAGAAGUUGGAGGUUUGUUCAGGGAUUGGAAAUGAAGGUACUUCAGAAUUCCUGGAAUAUUUGUGAAUGUUCCAGACUUCGGGGUCUUUAUGGAAAAUUCGAGUCACUAAAAAUACAUUAUUCCUAUCAUCAGAGCUUUCAAAUUCCUCUAUACAAGCAUAUUGCUUACCCUGCUGGAAACAACAAGAAUCUAGUGCCUCAGGUGGGGGGAUUACUCAACAACUCCAGUUCUGACGAUCCUUUUUCAACCCGGUUUGUUCCGGUUUUCAGCUUUGGGUUUUCCCUUUUGUAUUUUUGGGGCACACAUAAAAAGGAUCCUUCUUGUUAUCUAGUUCAUCUUUUUACAAUACCUUGAUCUUCUUCCAUUGUAAAAAGUUCCUCAGUUGAAGGGUAAUAAAAAAAAUGCUCCAAGUCUCGUAGGGUGGAUGUAGGUCAUAUUGAUCGAACCAUGGUAAACCCUUGUGUUCUUUCUUCUUUCUUUUUGUUUCUCAUAUUUACUGCAA